CUCCAGCUGCAAGGACUAGAUAAGCUGGUUCUGAGGUUCUAAACACCAAAUAGUAUAGGCCAUGCCGAUAAGGAGCGCCCCGUGUGCGUGGACGGUGGAGGAAUUCAAGAAGUGGGUCGACGUGAACGGCGACGGCCGGAUCAGCAAGGCCAAGCUCCGGCAGGCCAUCCGCCGCCGGGGCUGCUGGUUCGCCACCGUUAGGGCCGGCCGCGCCGACAGGGACCACAACGGCUAUGUCGACGACGCCGAGCUCGAGAACCUCGUCGCUUUCGCGCGGGAACACCUCGGCAUGAACAUCUCUGCCCGUUAGCUACCUCGCUAGAGCGUUACCUGCUCAGACUAAUGCCCAGUAUCGUGUGAUGCGUUCAACUUGACAUGGAAGCUUCUCCUGAAUAAUACUAUGUGUAAAAAUCCAGGAGAAUUUGUCAAGGUUUGUUACGACGACGACGUCUGCUACUAUGUAUGCAGUUGCUUAAUUGUGAGUGUGUCUGCUGUAAGAUUUGAAAGUUGCAUGAAGUGCUCAAUAUAUACAAGUUGUACUC